AUGCCGACCUCUACCUUCAACAAGUCGUUCCCGACCAUCACCAAGAUCGAGACGUUCAUCCCGGCGGCCGGCGGCGACGGCGGCGACUACCACCGCCAGAAGGACGGUCACUGGAUCCUCGACGGCGGCAAGCCGCAUGCCGACAAGGCUGGCGUCAAGUGCGGCAUCUCGAACCCAAUGUCCGGCUGGGAGCAGUACCGCGAGAACCGCACGUCGUGGGGCAUCGACGUCCUCGGGUCGCUUGUCUGCAUCAUCACGGCGAGCGACGGCACCCAGGGCGUCUCGACCGGCUUCGGCGGGCCGCCGGCGUGCUGGCUCAUCGAGCAGCACUUUGCGCGCUUCGUCAUCGGGUCGGACCCGCGCGACACGAACCGCAUGUGGGACCAGAUGUUCAAGGCGUCGACCUUCUACGGCCGCAAGGGUUUGCCCGUCGCCGCCAUCAGCGUCGUCGACCUCGCCAUCUGGGACCUCCUCGGCAAGAUCCGCGGCGAGCCCGUCUACAAAAUGAUUGGCGGUCGGGCCAAGGACGGCAAGAUCCCGUUCUACCUCACCGGCCCCGAGCCGACUCACGCUCGCAAGAUGGGCUUCUGGGGGUCCAAGGUCGCCCUCCCGUACUCGCCUCGCGACGGCUUCGAUUUUGUGCGCCGCAACCUCGACUUCCUCCAGAAGCAUCGCGAGGACCUCGGCGACGACUUCCCCCUCAUGGUCGACUGCUACAUGUCGCUCGACGUGCACAGCGCGAUUCAGCUCGCGCAGGGCGCCAUCGACCGCAAGAUCGACAUCACCUGGUGGGAGGAGGUCCUGCACCCGGACGACUUUGACGGCCACAAGAUCCUCAAGGCCCGCCUCCCGCAGGUCAAGUGGACGACGGGCGAGCACGAGUACUCGCGGUACGGCUUCCGCCAGCUCAUCGAGGGCCGCUCGAUCGACAUGCUCCAGCCCGACGUUAUGUGGCUCGGCGGCCUCACCGAGUUGCUCAAGGUGUCGGCGAUGUGCUCGGCGUACGACAUCCCCGUCGUCCCUCACGGCUCGGGCCCCUACUCGUACCACUUUAUCCUCUCUCAGCCGCACUCUCCCUUCUGCGAGUACAUCGCCAACUCGGCCGACGGCAAGUCGAUCGCGCCGGUGUUCGGCAACCUGUUCCUCGACGAGCCCGUUCCUCACGGCGGCUCGAUCGACGUCGGCGACGCGCCGGGCUUUGGCCUCGAGCUCAACCCGGCCGCCGUCCUCAUCCCGAGCGCCCACUUCCUCGCGCCUAGCCCGGACAAGGGCCUGUCGCGCACCGACGACGAGCAGCGCGUCGCCAAGCUGCAGCAGCUGGCGGCGGUCAAGGCCAACGGCAUCAACGGCGUCAACGGCGGCGCGCACUGA